CCCCCUCCUCCCGACCCACCAUCACUCUAAAGGCCGUAGGUUGGUAUAUAAACCAAAAUGCCGUUAAGUUUUGAAGUCCAAUCGUAGUUUUUAAAUCCAUUUGAACAAUUAAUAAUUGAAACGGUGUCAAGGAAAUUUUAAUUUCAUUUAAUCAUGGUAAACAUCCCUAAGAACAGAAGAACCCAUUGUAAGAAAUGCAAAAAACACACGGAGCACAAAACAACUCAGUACAAAAGGGGUAAAGAAAGUGUAAAAGUACAAGGUAAACGAAGGUACGACAGGAAGCAGGCGGGCUUCAAAGGUCAGACUAGACCUAUACUACGGAAAAAGGCCAAGACAACAAAAAAAAUUGUACUCAAGUUGGAGUGUAAAGAUUGUGGAGUGAAAAAGCAAAUAGCCAUCAAACGGUGCAAGCAUUUGCAGCUAGGUGGAGAUCUAAAGCGGAAGGGUGAGAUGCUCUCCUUCUAGAAGAACAUACAACUGAGAAUGUUCUGAAAACAAGUGGAAUUUGUAUUGAGUUUGUUUGGGUGCAUCACAUUAAUUUUUUUUUUAAUUCAUAGGUAGUAAAAAGAAAUUUUUUUUACAUUUGCAUU